AUGGACAAAACGGAGGUGUAUCACCUGAUCAACACACUGAACCAGGACCAGGAGCGAUGCCGUGUCAUCAAAACGGUCUCAUUCAAUUUUGGGAGGACGUCGACGAGCAUCUUUGGGACAUUUGCCGUGUGCAUGGCACAGAAACUACCCCAAACCGAGUGUCUCACGUUCUGGCAGUGCGAGUGGGAGCCUAGACAGCUGCACGCGCAAGUUUUUGUCCACAUCACUCUCGCAUUCGAGUCGGUCACUGUGCUCGAGCUCAGAGAUGCGCUAUUCCCUUCUGCGGCAGUGUUUGGGCGGCUCGUGCGUGCGCUCCCGCGGCUGUCGUCUCUCAAAUGCUGGAACGUGGUCUUUGAGAAGCAUGGCUAUGUUGCAGGCCGAAUCUGGGAAUUGCAUCCCCUCCGACUCGACGACGCUGAAGUGUGGAGUAGCGAUGACGUCGCCGACUUCCUCGUGUUUAUCGGCGCACAACUGCGCCACCUCUUCUGGCGUAGUCGGAGCCUGAACAAGUGCUUGGAGCUGCUCCCUGUGACCGCCGAAUCGCUCUUGUCUCUUGAUUUUCGCCCACAGACUUUUCUAGUCGAUUUUACGCCGGCUGUCAACCUGGGCGUCCUUUCGAUCUCUUCCCACCUGGAAGACUUGGACACAGUGGCGAAAAUUCUGUCUCACGUGCUCCUUCCCAAACUGACCGAGGUUACAAUCACUUCAACGCUCGUGUAUACCGGGGCAUUCUCUUCGUCAUUUAUCAAGGACGGGCUGGAUGGUGUGGACAAGGACUCCUAUGCACUUCUUGACUAG